AUGACGCGAACUCUUCUCACCGGCGGAAGCGGCUUUAUUGCCUCUCAUAUUCUCGAUGUGCUACUCAAACGUGGCCAUUCUGUCGUGACGACUGUUCGCUCACAGGAAAAGGCAGAGCAAAUCAAGACGUCGCAUCCGACCGUCUCAAAGGAAAACCUGGACUUUGUGAUUGUGCCCGAUGUUUCCGCGCCUGAUGCCUUCGACAAGGCCGUCGUUUCUGAUCCACCUUUUGAGGCUGUGAUUCAUACAGCCAGCCCGUUUCAUUUCCGUAUCCAGGAUGUCAAGAAGGAACUCAUUGAUCCAGCUAUCGAUGGCACUGUUGGCAUCCUCAAGGCCGUCAAGAACAACGCUCCGGCAGUCAAGCGAGUGGUGGUUACCUCUUCCGGUGCUGCAGUCAUGGACUUUACCCAGCCCAAGACAUAUACUUACACAGAGGCGGAUUGGAACAAUAUGACGUGGGAAGAGGCUGUUUCUAACCCCCUUAAUGCCUACCGCGCAAGCAAGGCUUUCUCUGAGAAAGCUGCGUGGGAUUUUGUGGAGAAGGAGAAGCCCAAUUUUGCCCUCACAAGUAUGAACCCACCCAUGGUCUACGGUCCUAUAAUCCAUCAUAUCAACGAUCUCAACGGACUCAACACUUCCAACGAGCGCAUCCGUGACAUUGCCUUCGGUAAAGCAAAGGAUGGCUUGCCAUUCACCGGAGUAUUCGUGUGGGUAGAUGUCCGCGAUCUGGCAUUGGCCCACGCUCUGGCUAUCGAGAAACCCGAGGCAGCGGGUCAGCGAUUCUUGAUUUCUCCCGGCCAGUAUACCAAUAAAGAUAUUGCGGAAGUUAUCAGCGAGGAAUUUCCCGAGCUUCGAGAUGGGUUGCCUACAGGAGACGCUUUGAAGGGGGGUGAUUUCCCGCCUGGAGGAUGGUACAACUGGGACACUACCAAGUCCAAAGAGGUUUUGGGCGUGACAUAUCGGCCUUUCAAGGAGUGUAUUGUCGACACGGUGAAUAGUCUUAAGCCGUUUGUCAAGUAA